AUGACGACAAAUGAGCUGCCAGCCCUAAAAAUUUAUUGGGAUGGUACAAUAUUAUCGACUCCGGGUGGAGUUGAUUAUGUUUCUGGUAAAUCAGAACUGGUUGAGCUGACGAGUGUAGUGAAUUUUGCACAACUACAAGUCGUAAUUAGAAGGGUAAUUGGGCUGAAGGAUGGUGACGAGAUAGUGAAGAUUUAUCUACGAGUGCCUCGGUUCGAUGAACAUGGAAGAUUUCAAAAAUAUGAUGGUUUUCCUAUGGAGACAGAUGUUCAUAUGCAAGCAAUGUGGCGUAAUGUUUCGCGGACGCCACAAAUGAGGGUACUUGAGUUUUAUAUUGUGUACAAUCCGUUAUCUCAAGUACGUGCGGAUGUAGACGACUCUGUGGAUGUAGACGAUUGUGCGGAUGUAGACGACUGUGCGGAUGUAGACGAUGGUGAUGAUUUUAGUGAUGAGGAUGAGGAAGAAGAACACUUCUACGGGGCCGUUGCUGAUGACAACGAGGAUGAUGAUGAUGAUGACAUCGGUGGUGAUAAUGGAGAUGGCACACAUGGUGAGAAUGUCGGUGGUGGGUCGGAACAAAAUACAGAUCAUUUUGAGUCGCGCCUUCCUCAUGAGUACACGCAUCAGAAUGUUGACGACAUGUGUGUCAAUAUGAAUCUGUGGCCUAAAGAAAAUGCAAUAUGGGAAGCAGGCAAAGAGUUUGAAUUGGGGAUGGUUUUUAGUUCGAGGUAUGCUGUCCAGACAUGCGCGGCGAGUUAUCACAUUGCAGCUAAUAAAGAAUACAAGAGCAGUGUAACAAAUGGUAAAACAAUAGUUCUUGUGUGUGUGAACAAUGACACUUGCAAUUGGAGGUUGCGUGCGUCGCUUUUGAAAGGCGAGUCAGACUGGAUAAUAACAAGAUAUAACGGCCCCCACCAAUGCAGCGGCCAAUCAAUGAACCAAGACCAUCGCAAUUUAAGAGCGCGACAGAUAGCUGAACACAUCGACACGCAAUUGCAUCUGCAACGUGACAUUAGGAUUAAAACGCUUCAAGAGGGCAUUUUUCAAAAAUUGCGAGUUAGGCCCGGAUACAAAAAAACAUGGUAUGCCAAGGAAAAGGCCAUUGCAAACAGUCUGGCAUGCUACCGAUAA